CCUGCCCAUCGUAUCCAAAUCCGAGGACACUCAUUCUCGAGAAGGGAUAUCAUCCUUGCAAUGGCUCAAAAUAUCAAAACUCCAUUUGUACUUCUUCUUCCGGCCUCAACCAUGUCUCCUUAUACUUAUAUCAACCUCUCGCGCGGUUUGCGUUUCUGUUCCAUCAUAGAAGACACCCAAUAUGACGGGUGACGCGCCCUUCGUGAUAACAGCAACUGAUAAAUCCGGUUCAAUUGCGGUUGCAGCAACACUGUUCAUGUCAUGGAUGGUCAUUGUCUGCUUGAUCCGUCUCUAUAUGAGACUCACCAUGAAUGGGCCAUUGGGAAUGGAUGACUGGGCUGCUUUCUCUGCCGGCGCUAUUGGGAUAGCCCAUGUGGUGAUGAUUAUGAACGGUCUGUCCCAUGGACUAGGCAGAUCGCAUCAAGCCAGUCCCGACUCCGAACUUGAAAAGGCUGGGGAGGUGUGCAUUCUAUACGGCAAAUCUUCUGUUGUUCGCCGGUCAUGGUUUAGCGAAGAUAUCAGUUUGCAGUCUUUUACGACGACUGGUCGAGAAAAGGUGUAUCUGCUUGCUUGCAAAACCAGCCUUCUUAUCACGAGUCUCUGGUGCUUCGCUUCGAUUCUGGCAGUAGCCCUGAGCUGCCCCGCGAAAUACCUGUGGUCCACGGAAAUUCACUGCCGUGAUCUUAGUACUGCUUCGAAAGCAAUUACGGCCUUUGACGUCCUAACCGAGGCUCUCCUCGUUCCUCUUAGCGUGUCCCUCGUAUGGGCCCUUCAGCUGCGUCGAAAAGACAAAAUGACUGUUGUCUUCGCUUUUGGUACUCGGAUAGUAGUGAUCAUUUUGACAAUAGUCCGCCAAUCCUACCUCAAUACCGCGCUCCAAGAGCACGACCAUCCCUUGUCUCUGGCCCCCGCACUGAUUGCGACAGAGGCUCUAUUGCACUUUAGCAUUAUGCUAGCAACGGUUCCGUGCCUGAAGCCAUUUAUUGUUGCCUUUAACACGGGCUGGGGGCAGGGUGUCGCAGGGGCUCCUGGAACUUCGUACUACAAAAAGACCGAAACAAGUGCAUCGCAAGCACAUCUAAACACCCCAAACGAGGAGAAUGACUUGGACGUGGCUAUGACCACACAGUCUCUAGAGAGUUAUAACUCACAACAACUGAUCAUCCAUCAAACGCAAGAGUGGAGUUUAAGGGAAGAGUUGGAGAUGCGACCGAUAGGAGGCUGA